AUGCCCCUCGCCGACCGACGGCACCUCGACGACGCCGCUGCUCGCUGUGCGAGUGCUCUGCUGCUUUGUGUGACUCGUCUGCGGCUCGCCCAUGCUCGCACGCCAACUCGCACCGCGCCGCUUGCUCUCGUCGUCGCUCGUUCGUCCCGCCCACCCUGCAUCCCGAAUGUCGUCGUCCGCACAGGCGCAGGACAGCGGCAAGUCUGCUGGACCGGUCGAGCAGAGCAUCAGGGACAAGCUCACGACCGCCUUGUCGCCUUCCUUCCUCGCCAUCAGCAACGACUCGCACCUGCAUCGCCACCACGCGCCGAUGAAGGCUAUCGGAGGCGGCGGAGGCGAGACGCACUUUACCGUCCAGGUCGUCAGCGACAAGUUCGAGGGUCUGCGCCAGAUCCAGCGGCAUCGACUCGUCAACGAGACGCUCAAGUCCGAGUUUGA